UCCUACUCCGUAUGAGCCAGCCAUGUCCACUCCCCACGCGUCAUUUAUUGGCCCUGCAAACCACAUCCAUCUUCCUCCUUCCUUAUCCCUUUCGCUCAGUUUUCCCCCAAAUCAACCAUGACCUGCUUUGCUCCGAUGACGUCCGCCUCCAUUUGCCCCGUGCAUUUUCGGCGAGCGGCUGCAUCCACCUCGCCCUGCGCUGCUCCGGCGACCUCCUCGCCUCCACCUGCCCCCGUGCUGCUCUAACAAGGGGCUGCAUCUACCUACCUCCACAUUUCUUCAGCCUUUUGACCUGCCCCCACGCUGCUCUGGCGAGAGCCUCGUCCUCGACCCGUCGCCAUGCCGCUCCGGCGAGCGUCGUCGUGCUCCACCCGUGCGGGAACGACGACUACGUUGUGCACGAGCGGACGAGAUGCUGGAAUUGGUGUCGGCGGGAGCUUCAAUCGGUGGAAGCUUCAAUCGAAGGUAAUGGAAUUUGGGACCGGCCAUGACGCAAAAAGCUUCAACCAUGGCAUGGUGGCUCCCGGCGACACUGGGAGCUGCAGCCGACGGCAUGGCGGUGCUACGACGGCGACGACUAAGAUGGACGGCGACCGGCGGCGAGGACGGCGACCGACGGCGAUGUGGACGGUGACCGGCGACCGGCGAUCAGCAACCGAGGGCGAGGACGGCGACCGGCGGCGAGCCGGUGAUGCUUCAAGGUCAGCCCCUGGAGAGUCCAUGGCGGGGUGUCCAGGACGAAUAGCUCUUUUGGAUUGGACAUGAUUUUCUAUUGAGAAAAAAAAAACGAUUCAAAGGCUGAAUUUGACGGUGUGCAAAAGACAAACUAACGUUCCAGAUACGACCGGCCCAACAG